GUGGCCUCCCCCUUGUCCCCCGGCCGAUGACGGUGCUGUGUGCACAGUGUGUGUGCUCCGGCCUUCCCCGGACACACCAGCUCUGCCGCACCAUUUACUACUAGAAGAAAAAAAAACCUUUAAAAAUCCAAAAAAAAUCUUAAAAUCCGAAAAAAUAUUUUAAAAAAAUCCCUCGCCUUACCACCCGCCCCCACCUGCAACCGGCCGGUUUGGUAUAAAAUAACCCGGUGAAGCGAAGCGAAGCGAAGUGAAGUCCCGGACCCGGCUCAGCCGAGAGGAGACCCGCCCAAACCACCUCCAUCCACGCAGCAGCAGCAGCAGCGAGAAGAGCCGCCAGCAGCAGCAGCAGCAGCAGCAGGACCACCUGCUCCUCCUCCCGCCAGCAGCCCCGAGCACUCGAGCGAGUCGCCAACCGUCGCCAACCGCCGCCGCUGAGCCGUUGAGUUUAGAACCCGCCGGCCCGUCGCGGCCUCCUCGGCGCUCGCGAAUCUACCCAGCCGCCUCUUCCCCCUCCCCGUCCCCCCGCCAGCAUGAACCCCAGCGCCCCCAGCUACCCGAUGGCCUCGCUCUACGUGGGCGACCUGCACCCCGAUGUCACCGAGGCCAUGCUCUACGAGAAGUUCAGCCCCGCCGGGCCCAUCCUCUCCAUCCGCGUCUGCAGGGACAUGAUCACCCGGCGCUCGCUAGGCUACGCCUAUGUCAACUUCCAGCAGCCCGCCGACGCUGAACGAGCUUUAGAUACCAUGAAUUUUGAUGUCAUUAAAGGCAAGCCAGUGCGUAUCAUGUGGUCUCAGCGUGAUCCAUCUUUAAGAAAAAGUGGUGUUGGCAACAUUUUCAUUAAAAACUUGGAUAAAUCAAUUGAUAAUAAAGCAUUGUAUGAUACAUUUUCAGCUUUUGGAAACAUCCUGUCUUGUAAGGUUGUAUGUGAUGAGAACGGAUCCAAAGGCUAUGGGUUUGUACAUUUUGAAACACAAGAAGCUGCAGAAAGAGCUAUUGAAAAAAUGAAUGGAAUGCUGCUUAACGAUCGUAAAGUAUUUGUUGGAAGGUUUAAAUCGCGCAAAGAACGGGAAGCAGAGCUUGGAGCUCGUGCUAAGGAAUUCACUAAUGUUUACAUCAAGAAUUUUGGAGAAGACAUGGAUGAUGAGAGACUGAAAGAACUCUUUGGCAAGUUUGGACCUGCCUUGAGUGUGAAAGUUAUGACUGAUGAAAGUGGAAAAUCCAAAGGCUUUGGCUUUGUCAGUUUUGAAAGACAUGAGGAUGCCCAAAAAGCUGUAGAUGAGAUGAAUGGAAAGGAACUCAAUGGAAAGCAAAUAUAUGUUGGUCGAGCUCAGAAAAAAGUUGAAAGACAAACAGAACUUAAACGUAAAUUUGAACAAAUGAAGCAGGAUAGGAUUACAAGAUACCAGGGUGUAAAUCUUUAUGUGAAAAAUUUAGAUGAUGGAAUUGAUGAUGAACGCCUACGCAAAGAAUUUUCACCAUUUGGCACAAUUACUAGCGCAAAGGUCAUGAUGGAAGGGGGCCGCAGUAAAGGGUUUGGGUUUGUCUGCUUUUCUUCACCAGAAGAAGCAACCAAAGCAGUUACAGAAAUGAAUGGUAGAAUUGUGGCCACCAAACCACUAUAUGUAGCUUUAGCUCAACGUAAAGAGGAACGCCAAGCUCACCUCACCAACCAAUACAUGCAGAGAAUGGCAAGUGUGAGAGCAGUGCCCAAUCCUGUCAUCAACCCUUACCAGCCAGCACCUCCUUCAGGUUAUUUCAUGGCAGCUAUCCCACAGACACAAAACCGUGCAGCUUACUAUCCUACUAGCCAGAUUGCUCAACUUAGACCAAGUCCUCGCUGGGCUGCUCAGGGUGCCAGACCUCAUCCAGCUUUCCAGAACAUGCCAGGUGCCAUCCGCCCUACAGCUCCCAGACCACCAUUUAGUACCAUGAGGCCAGCUUCAUCACAAGUUACACGAGUAAUGUCAACACAGCGUGUUGCAAACACGUCAACACAGACCAUGGGUCCACGUCCAGCAGCAGCAGCUGCUGCAGCCACUCCAGCUGUGCGCACUGUUCCACAGUAUAAAUAUGCUGCAGGUGUUCGCAAUCCUCAGCAGCAUCUUAAUACACAGCCUCAGGUUGCUAUGCAGCAGCCUGCUGUCCAUGUGCAAGGUCAGGAACCUUUGACUGCUUCCAUGUUGGCAUCUGCCCCUCCACAAGAACAAAAGCAGAUGUUGGGAGAACGUCUGUUCCCUCUUAUCCAAGCCAUGCACCCUACUUUGGCGGGUAAAAUAACUGGUAUGUUGCUAGAGAUUGAUAACUCUGAACUUCUUCAUAUGCUUGAGUCUCCCGAAUCUCUUCGUUCGAAGGUUGAUGAAGCUGUAGCCGUACUGCAAGCCCAUCAAGCUAAAGAAGCUGCUCAAAAAGCAGUUAACAAUCCAGCAGGAGUUCCAAGUGUCUAAUAAGACCCAGGACUACGUAUUACAAUAUCGCUUCACCGAAGAAAAAAAUCUAAACAUGGAAAAACUACUAAAUAUUGAGAAAAACAUUGCAAAAUAUAAAAUAAAUAAAAAAAGGAAAGGAAACUUUGAAGCUUAUGUACACAACAAAUGCCAGGACUAGCAAAACUGCUAGUCCUAGAUUACCUAUUGAUUUAAAAUACAAAAAAAAAUAGCAAAAGUUAAAAAACAAAUUAAUGUUUUAUAAACCCGGGGAAAAGAAUUUUCAGCACAGUACAAAAAAUUUAAAGCAUUCCUUUCUUUAAUUUUGUAAUUUACUGUGGAAAAGCUCAGAAUAUCACUACUGUUGUAGUUAACAGUAAGGAUUGAUAGCUGAGCAAAGAACCAUAAUUUGGAUUAUAAAGUUCUUGCUUUAAUAAAAAUUCCUUAAACAUUG